AUGAUGCAUCGCACCAACAGCGAGGGCGGCGCCUCCUCUACCGCCUCGUCGCAGAGGUGGCGCAUCCCCUCGGCCCUCCGCAAAUUCGGGAGCAUCAGCGGCUCCAGCAAGGACGACAAGAAUGCGACGAACAAGCAUGGCAGCUCAUCUGUCGACAACGACUCCCACGAACCCUCCAUCCACGAAAUCAGCUCUAUUCAUGAAACAUCAAAGUCGAAUUACCACCAGCUGCAAGCUCUUGUGGUGCGCAUGCGAGGCGCUCCCUCGGGCCCCAACCACGUUGAUGGCGCCUACAAAGAGUUUGACAAGAUUAGCAAGCGAUGCGCCGCCCUCUGCGAUGCCAUCCUGCGAGAGGAGAUUAAGCUACCUCGCAAGCUCUCCGACACCAACGAUACCCUCCCCUUGAUUCGCCACGACUCUCUAGCAGACACCCCUCGCAGUCCAAGCGCUCUAUUCGACCACAGAAGUUCCUUCAGCGGCCGCAGCCUGGCGGAGGUAGUCACAAAUGGCGGAAGCAGGAGUCAUCAUGGCGGGGACUUGUGGCUUACUCCUAUCCGUGACUGGAAGGCAUGUCUCGAGGUGCUGACGGAGCACUUCAAAACCAGCCUUGCCGAGACUUACAAGAGCUAUGAACGAGAUGCGACGCCGGAAAUGCUCGAGGCUCUGUUCUCAAGCAAGAAAUUCAGAAGAGAAGCAGUCCACCGAAUGCGCAAUGCGAGCGUCACCAAGAUUUUGUCUGCAGAUCCCCAGUUUUUUCCGCGGUACGAAAUACGAUUUAGAAACUACGAAAAAGUCAAGCAAGAGCUCAAUGAUAUUCGAAAACUGCUCCAAGCCGGAGAAUCGGGCAUCUCUCCGGCUAGAGUCGUCGAGGAAUUUGCCAUCGCCCCUCGUGGUGACGUUGUUCUCGAGUUUGCCAACCUCGGACCCGAUGCGACUGGCAACGAGCCUGUGCUGCGCUUCCGUGCUUCUUCCGCCUUGCUAUCAGAGACGUCGCCCAUUUUCGCGCGUUUGUUUUCCGGGCAUCCCAACAGUCUCUACCUCCACGAAACUGACGACAUCACGGAUCUGCUCCCGCCCCCGCCAGUGCCGUACUUCUGUGACGAUGGAUCCGAGGUCAAGUUGUACCGGAUGCCGCAGCAAGAGUUCAACCGCUUUGGCUCGCUCGAAAUCCUGCUCCACGCCGCUCAUAUGCACAACGAUAAAGUCCCCAGGGACGUUACAUUUGAGCAAUUUGUCGCCAUUGCAGAGUGCUCCCUGCGGUACAAAAGCACGUCGCCGUUGGAACUGGUCGUCGAGCACCGGUGGCUGCCGCAGUGGAUGCACAAGGGGGCUGAUGACAUGCCGGAUGGACUCCUCAUCAUUAGCUAUGCAUUUGGCCUCCGUCAGCUAUUUACUCGCAUGUCCAAGAGCGCUAUACUCAAUCUCGCUGACGAAAAAGACUUGCAUGGCAAACCUUGGCCCAAGAAGAUCAAGGAUAAAGUGUGGGCGGUUCGCUGCGCCAAGGUUGAUCAACUCUACGCAAGUUGUAGGAGUACAAUACAGGAAUAUAUCCGGCCACCGGCGCAGGACGAGUCAUCGGAAACUAAUCAGCAUAUAUCCCUUUCCGAACUCGACAGCCACCUCGCAUCACCGAUUCAACCUGCCAUGGCGCUGACCAGCACCCCGAGAUGUCCCAAGGGCAACCACUGGUGUGACGCUUCCAACCUAGGGUGGAUGAUGCUGGUGUACAACGAACUCGGCUUACUGCCAACCAUCGUACAGCCCAGCCUCAUGUCACACCUUCCCAACGUUCCUCCUCCAUCCAAGAGCUUGGCACAAAUGAUGGAAACGCUUCGCUCAACGCCGAGUCCUCCUGCACCGCUUCACCCCGGGGGCGUCUGUGACCCUGUUCCCGCGUUUCGGGCAUCAAUUGCCGAUAUCUACAACAGCGUCACUGGCUUGACCCUAUUUGAUAUCAGUGGAAAGAGCCACGGCUGGGCGUUGUCGAAGCACAAAGUGUCAGAGCCACAGUUGCUUCUCACUGCUGGCCUAAACCGAAUGGCUGCUGCGCAUGAGAACAUUCACAGCGUUGUUAGCGAAUUUCCGGAAGAGAUUCGAUUAAAGAUUCUUGGUGAGAUGGAGGGCCUGGAGGAUCUUCAGGCCGCUGCCAGGAUCAACCGAGGAUUCUACGAGACGUACAAGAGAAACGAACUUCAGCUCAUGCGUAACAUUCUACGUGCCGAUCGGAUACGAUGGGGAAGCAUAGGACGGUACUCGCUGGAAGAGGACAAGGCGGAAAGCAAAAUCUUGAAGGCCGAAGCCGAUAUGCUCAAAGAGAGGGGCUUCGGCGAUGGCGCAGAUGCAAUUACUCUGCGAAGCGAAGACGACGAGGGACUGUACGAUUCGGACGACUCGGACGAAGACGACGACAGCGUCGAUCCGCUCACUCGGAAUGGCUCUAUAUCCUCACAAGGCGGGCGGUUGCACGCUGGCCAUGACGACGACGAUGUGGAUAUUCUGGCUCGCGACCCGCCUCCACCGUUCCAGUCGAGAGAGGCCAAUCCACCACCACCGCUGCUGCCGGUCGUCAACGUUGACGAGAGCCACGACGGUUCAGAAGACGAUGACACGGCCACCCCAACAACACCCCGGCAACGCUCCUUUGAGCUCUCAGACGAAUCAACGACUCCCUCGGAUCGAACGAGUGUGGUGUCGGCAGAGGACAUUUAUGACCCCCCCAUGACUGAAGAAGAAGCACGCAGAAUCCUGUGGCCCGACCACUUGGUCGUGACUCCGCCCCCAGAGCGAGGCGCCGUUUCGCCUGGAGUAGAGGGUUUGCGGGAGAAGUUCCGAGUUGGCGAUAUAUCCUUCAUCGAAGGCCUUGAGGAUAAGACGCUCAUCAAGACGGAAACCAAGCAGCUACAGAGCGAUCACGACACAAGGAUGGGUCUGCUCAAAGACGACGCGCGGCCUAGCUCUAGCUCGUCGACCCGAAAAGCUUCCAACGGGGUUGAACACAUAGAAAAGAUCAAUGGCAGAAAUAGAGGAGAGGAUGAGGUGAAAGUGGUGCUGUCUUAG